GUCAUACUAGCAAGGAAGUGUUCGUUCCUAAGAUAUUUUCACCGUUUCGGAAGAUUCUGCGACCAAAAUCACAUCCAGCAACAGAGGGAAUAUGUGCUAAGUCGCUUUAGUAAAUCAGAUAAGCACAGCGCAUUUGGAUCACUCCUUAUCGGUCUUCGGAAACGUCUGUGAUAAAUUCGCUAGUGUUGCGCUGAAAGCUAGGCUUACCUCGACUCAAGCCGCCAGUCUGGUAUACGAGUGCUCAAGGGGAAGACGUUCCAAGCGCACGUCCCGAAUUUGUGACUGGUUUUCGACGCUGCCAAGGUCUGCAACUGUGACGUGGUUGGAGAGAGAGGCGAGAUCGCCAUCGCAUCGGAAACUCUCAGCUAGCAGUGCGAGUUCCCCGUCAGAUUCCCGAGGCGAUGGCGGAUGUGGAUACGAGCAUCUUCGACCUCAGCACCGACCUCGACCUCCUCGUGCCGACCCAGGACCAAAUCCAGCGCAACUACCUAGAAUGCCUGGACGGGGAGGCAACCGACGUGCAGAAGUACAGCGACGAUGGGGAAAGAGCCUUACCUUGCUUCCAGUACGGCGUGCAAACCCCGAAAUACUACCCAGACACCUCCGUUAGCAACUUCGAAGACUCCGACAGCUCGCUCUUCGGUUGCCAACACUACGGGGGUUCUCUGCAAAGCUUCCGGGAGUAUGUUGGCACGCCGCCUCUCGCUCAAGGAGAAGGGACCACCGUACCUUCUUUUCUGACCUCUGCUCCAGGCCUUGUUCCCGCCAUGUCCGCCGUCUCUAUCAAACCCGAAAUAAGCUUCGUGCACGAACCUAUUCAGAAAUAUAGAUUCAGAUACCUUUCCGAAGAGGGUUCACACGGUCAUCUCACAGCAUCGAACUCUACAGCGAAUCGACACAGCGCUCCUACUAUAGAG